ACUAACACAAAUGCGAGUCGUGGAAUUAGUUAAUCGCUGCUGUUGAAUCUCAAUAAAAAAUAACGUCGUGUAAAUUAUUGAAUCCUUGACCAAUCUGUGCAAAAAUGGCCACAAUUCUGUGAACAGUGAAGAAAACUAACAAAUAUCAUUGAAGAUUAAUUGAAUAUUAUCAAGUAAACAAAAGGAGGAGGCUGAUAAAAAUGAUGCAAGAUAGCGUCAUCAGCACUCCAUCCACUCCAAACUCGUCCCUGUCGUCGCAGUCGAAUCUUUAUGGUUCGUCGAAUACUUCGCCAGCCACGCCCACCCAGCAGACGAGUACACCCUUAGUAGGCAGCAGCAAUAGUACUACAGGGUCUUCCGGGCACAAAAAUAGUCUCAAAGGCAAUAAAUUAGCCAGAAGAGCCAGGUCAUUUAAGGACGAACUGUUCGACAGACUUUACAUAAUGCGUUCAACAGCCAACACAUUGGGAAGAUCACAUUCUCCUCAAAGUCCCAGAAAUAAAAAUAAACUCCCGCUAACAGCUGAAGAAGUGGCCAAAUCAUCACAAUCCUUAGAUACACACGUCAAGGAUAUAACAAAUGCAUUAAAAUAUUUCAAGGAUGUCAUACUGAAGAAUAAGUUGGAGGUAUUGCCUGGCAAUGGUACUAUCAUCCUCGAUACAACAGCCAGCAUGUUUUCAGUUAUUCAAGCAUACGCGCUGAACGAAAACAACACCUCUCUAUUGUCGGCUACGCAACAAGUCUAUAAAUCGUUGGGGAAACUCAUUAAGCUUUGUGAUGAGGUUAUGCUAAGCGAAGAUUCUGAGGAAUGUGUUUCAUUAAGUGGCGAUAAUGUUAGAGAAAUUGUUGAUCUGCUUGAGGAAGCCGUAAAGAAUUUGGCAAUAUUGGCCCAACAAAGAUUACAGGAAAAGAAAGAACGGGCUACUGAAAAAGAAGAAGAAAACCCAUCUGCGACCCCUACCAAUAUCACACAUAAUCGGCUAAUGCGUCCAUCAGUGGAAGGAUCUGUACAAAGGACCUCUCUGCCGGAUAUACCAUUGACGUCUGACGAACGGGAUAUUAUUGCUAAAUCCACAUCAAAUCCCAUGCAUGGAUCCUUUAGUACCGAAAAUAUUUUAAGAGCGUCCAGUCCCCCACCUAAACCACCUUUGCCUAAUAGACCAAACAAUCCUCCGCCAUUACCGCCAAAGAGAAACAGUCAACCCAAUCAAUCACAAUCAAAUAAUGAUAACAAUACAAGCACCAAUUCAGAUGCGGAAUAUACCACAGGUGUUGAUCAUCUAACGGUACGCUCUUGUUCGCCUUCUAGUCAAUGUUCUGAGGAUUACCAUGAGUUUAAUAUGAAAAAAAUUGCGGAAGAUGUGCAGUACUGCGGUGGUGUUGACGGCGAAGCUAUGAAAUCAAAUGAACAACCAAACCAAGGCAAAGGCAAAUGUGACUCGUUGUCUGGCGCAAUGGCUGGGAAUUCAAAUGAAAUCGAUGAGGACAUUGCUAAAACGGAGCUACGCAAAGUUAACAAUCACCGACAUUCAAACGAAUCUGGUUUUCAUUCGAACUGUUCCAUACGCACCUCAACACAAAGCUACUCAAAGCAUUCGUCAGAUGUAAGUUUCCAGUCGUCCACCAAGUCGAGUAAUUCGUCAUCGGAAUUAACAUACAUGUGCAGCAAUAAUAGCAUAAAUGAGGAUUGUUUCCAGCAACAUCAGCAAACAGUGAUGACUUCGAAGAAAUGCUCUUCGGUGUGUAUAUCGAGUACAAGCACGAGUAGUGUAUCUGAGGCAUCAACGGCAGUACGUAUAUCGAACGAUGACGAACGACGCAUAUCAUCGCCAGAUCAAUUUGAAGCAGAAAAGAAGUUGUUGGAACAAUUUCAAGUGUUUUCAACCACUACGAGCAGCAGUGCUAUUUUAAAACAAACCAACAGUUUGGACAUAACAUCCAGCGAGGACAUACUAUCAUCUUUUUCGAAUGAUAAACCACCAGAUUUACCACCAAAAUUAUCCCGUCUUACGAAAUUAUCUUCGUAUGACUCGGACACAAUAGACAAUUCUACUGAAAAACCUGAAUCGCCUGAAAUACGACAAAAAGUGCAACUUCGAACUUUUGAAUGGCAUACAAAACAUAAAAGCUUAGACCCGCGCCGCAUUGAUAUGCCAUCGAUAAGUUGUAAUUCAAUUAAUCUUGGAUUUGAGGGUCGUUUGGAAGAACCUCCACCUUUGCCUAUGAAAAAGAAACAUAUGUUUCAAAGUGUGGCAUUUUCAGUUUUGGCUUACAUGGAAAUUUGUUCGGCAUCUACACAACGUCAUACCGUACAUGAUUGCAAUCUGAAUAGAAACAUAACACACAGCCAAACUAUGAAUAUUGCUACCACAUUUGCCAAAGAAGAAUUACCGGAGAUUCCACCAGCACUACCACCGAAAAACUACAAACAAUGGAAGGGUACAUCAACAACGUCGACGUCACCAAUUCCACCGCCCACUAUUAUCACAACGCCGCCUCCUAGUCCAAAACCUAAGCAUUUGAAUUCGGAUCAUAGAAUACUGAGUCUUACCGGGGGCAAUGAAAUUAUGUCCACUCUAUCGGAGGAAGUUGGUGACCAGUGUGAGGACGAGAGCGGCCUCAUCCAUUCGCAUGAAUUGCAAAAUGUGUACGAAACAUCGUCCACACCUAGAACACCGACAUCUCCGACUAUGGACAAGAUGGGGCCCAAUGGCGACUAUUCGAGUGAAGUUGAGGAAAUGGUCAAUUACAACAACUACAACAGAAAGAGUCCCAUAUCUAUUGAUCAUGUACCUAAUAUCUUGGAGGAGGUUGAUAUAGCACCGUAUUUAAUAUUCAAAAAGGAAAAUGAAGAAGGUCCCGAGGUUAAAGGCGGUUACAUUGAUGCUUUAAUAGUACACGCUUGUCGUGUACAAAAAGUUGCCGAUAAAGCAGCUUUUGGUGAAGCAUUUAUAACAACUUUCCGCACGUUUAUAACGCCCAUCGAUCUUAUUGAGAAAUUAACACAUCGGUACACAGUGCUAUUUUGUUGUCAAAUGAAUGAGCAAAAGCAAAAGGCGGCAAAAGAAACGUUCUCCUUGCUGGUUAGGGUUGUAAACGAUUUAACGUGCACUGAUUUGACUUCCAAAAAUUUGCUUAGAUUGUUGGUGGAAUUUGUUUAUGAACUAAUUUGCUCUGGCCAGCUGUAUUUCGCAAAAUUACUACGAUACACAAUUUGCGGAAGGGUUAAGUUUUAUAGGGAAUCACGCAUGCCCGCCUAUCCCACCAAUGAGAAUUCCUCGACAGUCAUUGCCCAACCCAGUCUCUUGGACUUCAAAGCCUAUGAAAUAGCCAAACAAAUGACCCUGCUCGAUGCAGAACUAUUUCAAAAAAUCGAAAUACCCGAAGUGUUAAUAUUUGCCAAAGAUCAAUGUGAAGAGAAGUCGCCAAAUUUGAAUAAGUUCACAGAACAUUUCAAUAAAAUGUCGUAUUGGGUGCGAUCCAAAAUUCUUAUGUUAAACUGUGCCAAAGAACGGGAGAAGUAUGUAGAGAAGUUUAUAAAAAUCAUGUCGCAUCUAAAGAAGAUGCACAAUUAUAAUUCAUAUUUGGCCUUAUUGUCUGCCCUGGAUUCUGCACCCAUUGGAAGACUUGAGUGGAAUAAAUCUAUAAGAGAAACUCUGAAAAAUAAUUGCAAUUUAAUCGAUUCAAGUUCUAGUUUUCGAAAUUAUCGCAAAGCUUUGGAGGAGACGGAACCUCCUUGCAUACCGUAUAUUGGCCUUGUUCUACAAGAUUUGACAUUUGUCCACGUAGGUAAUCCUGAUUAUUUAAAGGAUGGUGUUGUAAACUUCUCCAAACGUUGGCAACAGUACAAAAUCAUUGUAAAUAUGAAACGCUUUAAGAUAUGCUCCUACAAAUAUCGACGCAACGAACGUAUUAUAAGUUUUUUUGACAAUUUCGAAAAAUUUUUGGGCGAAGAAGAAAUGUGGCAAAUUUCGGAAACCAUAAAGCCAAGAGGCGGCAAACGCUUGAUUGUAAAUAACUAAUUCCUUAAAUAUGUACAUUAAGAGAAAAAAAUCACACACACAAACCGAGCGCUAAGCUAAUGGAGAACACAAAUUUCAAUCACAACAGGAGAAAAUGAAAACAAAAAACCAAACCAAAUCUACGAUUAUGUGAAAGCCGAACUCUACGAUGAUAAAACAAAAUCUAAUUUUACUUGCACAACGAAUGAUGUGAACGAUGGAAAAAUGGUUUAAAUUUUAAAGAGAUUUUUCGACAUUAUUUGUAAUGCAUGCAUGUUAUUUAUGUAUUUGUUUUAUGUUUUAUGAUAAACUCUCUACCUCCGUUUAAAUGUUUAAAUGACCCUUUGAAUGGAGUGGAGUGACAAGAGAAAUGUUUUUUUGAAAGGAAAACAAGUUCUGCAGCAGGACGAGGUUGGAAAUAGAUAGGCGUUUUGUGAAUUGUAAAUUUGUAGAUAAAUUGUUGGACAAAAACAACACGACUACAAAAAUUGAGGGACGAAAUAAGGUUUUAGGGUUCCAUUAAUGGGAUGAUAUUGAAUCUUAAACAUAAACUUGUAAGUCUUGAGAUUUAAUAUAUGAAGAAAAUGUUUGUUAAACGUUAUUUAAUCGCUGAAAACCAAAUCAAAUAUAAAAUAAAUCCUAAGAAGUGCAGGCACUACUUUAACGUAUUUGUUUUAUUAUUUAAAAAAUAUUCUCAAAAUUUUAUAAAAAAAAAAACGAAUAAGCAUUUAAUAGCGUUAAACAUUUUUUAGAAUUUUGAAAAAUCUUGUAACACAAAUUUUUGUUAAUUUAGAAAGCAUAUAAAUAUUCGUUAAAAUCAAAAUUGAAACAUUAACAAAAAAAGAAAUUCAAUUCAUUCAAAUUUAAAAAAGCCAAAUUCGUCCAUAGAGUCCUUCGUUAAAAUGGAAUCCCCCAUUUGGAAUCAUGCUGUUCUUAUCUUUUCCUAUAAUGACUUGGUUACUACAUAAAAGCAGCUUAAGAAUAAUUUUGAGUGAGUUUAGCUUUGCGCAUAAUCUCCCUCUAUCUCUCACCCUCCGUUCUGUAUGAUAUGAUAUAUCCUCUUUUGUCUAAUUACAAAUUUAAUAUUUUACUCAAAUCGAUCGAAUUUAAAGAAUUUGUUUAGUAAUUUUUAUGUUCAGAGUAGUUCCGAUUUGGAUCUCAGAUCAUAGGAGACUUGUGGGGUAUAAAAGGGCAGACUUACUAGGCAAAGUCGGAUUUUCUAACUGCCGGUCAGUUGCAACGCUGCCGUGUAUUGUUAAAAACGUACCUUCGGUCACUUCCUGAAUAUAUAUAAAUAUAUAUAUGCCCUUUAUUUACAAUUGAAGUAUAUAAAAUAUAUUAUAAUGAAAUAUGACCAAUAGUAAACUGUUCAGUGUGAACAUAGGGCAUCUUCAUACUUCUUGAAUAGCACGGCAAUAAAUGCCCCUGUUCACGUAAUAGCUUUCAGCGAACGAAAUUUCUAAUCAAUGCGAACUUGUGAAGACUUUUAGUGGUGCUUAACGAUUUGCCCAAGAAUAUUCCGUUAAGGAACAGAGGCAAACUUCCUAAAUAUCAAUGAGUACUGUUCUAUAUAAGUUUAAGCUCAGCCAUGUCAAACGGCAUGCCGCAGUGCGGCACCUCUUUGGAGCGAAGUUUUUACAUGGCAUAGUACCCCACAAAGUAGUUUCCUGAAAUGCGUCUUCCAAAAUAAUUAAAAUUGUUAGAAGGCCUGGGAUUCCUUGAGAAGAACCUCAAAACAUUAGGCUGGCUUCAAAUAGUAGUUCAAAGGAAUACCACACAGCAAAACGAGUGGUGUGAUUCUACAAUUACCAAUAACGGUGUUUUUACCAUUUUAUCCCAUCAAAAUGCAACACAUUUUGAAAAUAAAGCUAAAUGUAGUUGGAAUUAUUUGAAAAUGAAUAGGGUCGACGAACUCUAUACAAAUUUAUUUACAAAUUUACAAUCCAUAUAGAUGCCAACAAUCUAAACAAAUGCCUGUUUUUAAUUAAUCAUCACAAUGAAAGGUCAUAAAAUUAAAUUUUGUCAAGGAAAAGCAAAGAUUCAACGAAAAGCGUAUGUGUUUAAGGGGUUAACCCAGUUUGAUUUGAUCAAAGUCUAUAUAAAAAAAAAUACAAUAAAAACGAUAACUGGCACUUUUCUAAAAAGCUGCACAGAACAACUGCAAAUUUCAACACACAAAUUUUAUAUUUUGCUAGUUUCGUUUUCGUUUUGAUUAUAACCAAAAAGCAAAAAAAAACCUGAGAAAUAUCAUCCACCAUUCAUUCAUAAAUGGCCAUCCGAAUCAAUUUCUAAUGCAUGAUAUAAUAGAUGUGUUUUCAUUUAUAACUACACAGCAGCCGCCUGCACUACAUUUUCUUAGGCUAUGCAUUCUAAUACCACACACACACACACACAUAUAUACACAAACAAUACACCAUACACACGUUUUGCAAAAAAAACUCUUCUUCGCAACAGGUGGGCAACAAAAUUCAAACAAAAUAAUAAUUAUUAUUAUGGAAAGAAAAGAACCUUAAGCCGAUUCCAAGGCCAAGGAUAAAAUUUAAUACAAAAAAUCACACACUCACACAAAGAAUCAAGACUGUCUCUUAGAUGUAAAUACAUACAUACUACAUGCAUAACAUAUAUAUGAAAUAUAUAUUUAUCGUAUAUGUACUGUAUUCAAGUAUAGUUUCUGUUCUGUUUUUAAAACUAAAUCAUCAUCAUCACCGCAUACAAUUGUUAUGGAUCUUUUUUUGGUUUUUGUCAUUAGGACUGUUCGAUUUUGUCAGUAGAUGGUUAUCUCGAUAUCAUGUGAUAACUGUCGAUAAUACACACUUUUUAAAGGUAUUCAAACAGAGUGCAGCCACAAGGUAGAGUCAUGGGACCAGCUGAGUACCAUUUGUAAAUUCGCUUUGAUUUGGCAAAAACUCUAAAUGUCAAAUGCUUGUAAACACAUAGUUGUGAUUGUUUUGUAAAAGUUUAAAAUGAUGUCUUACUUUUUUUGAUAAAACAAAAUAGUAUUAUAAUGACGAAAUUACUACAAUAAAACGCUUCUUAAAGUGAUAAGAUAUACAACAAAUUUUACUAAUCUGUGUGAUCUAGGAUACAUGACAUAAUUACCAGGUAGUGUACCGUAAACAGCUAAGUACAAUUUUUUCUCACGAAGUGCACUAUCUGUCGACGGCCACUACCUGAAAAUGAAUAUAUCUUGCUGGGAUACUCUUUCCCUUUCACCCCUUCAAACAACUUGUUAUUAUCACGCAAUUUAUGUUUCAAAAUGUCAUGCAUUUUCAUCAUAAAAUUUCAUUAAUAAAACCAAAGAAGUUUUUCACCACAAGGAAUUAACAUUGGAUCUCUAUUUACGCGAAGGAUUUACGGAAAAGAAACAAAAUCACACCCGAAUGGACAUUUGAGUGCCAAUCAAGGUAUUGUUGGUUAGGUAUAGAUUUUUUUUGCUGGCAUAGUGACUAAGAUAUAUUCAUUUACAGGUUUGUGUAUGUAACUAGUUCGCGCCAUUUCUUGUUGUUUGUGUGUGUAUAGUUCUUAAGUACAAUACACACACACAACCAAAACUCGUUGACAGAUAGUGCACUUCGCGAAAAAAAUUGUACUCAGCUGUUUACGGUACAAUAGCUGAUAAUUAUAUCACGAUAGGGACCCUACUUCGAGUGCACCCUGGCAUAAAACUAAUAUGUUCACACGACCAUGUUGCCAAUCAAGAACAUUAUUUCCUACAAAAAUUUAAGAACAAUCCUACCAAACACUACCAAAUAUUCUGCAAGUUAGAAAUGUGGAAUAUGUUUUAUUUAUACCCACCACUGAAGAGUUAGUAAUUUUGUUAUUCCAUUUGCAACACAUCAGAUUAUGCAUUUUAAACCUUACAAAGUAUGCAUACUAAAUAGAUCGUCGUAAUAAUAAAUUACAUAUACGAUCUAGCAAUGUUUGUCCAUCUGUAUGUUGAAAUAACUCAACAGUCCGGAGUUCAAAGAUAGGCUGAAUCUUGAUAUGGCACCUUUUAUACCGAUCUUCCGAUAAGAAUUCUUAAAUGCCUAAAAAUCGUUUUUUGCCCCGAUAGCGAACAUAUAUAAAUGCGCAUUUACUGUCCAUUUUCGCCGUAAUAGUGAAUUGUAUGGACCCCUCAAUAUCUGAAAAUGGACCAGAUGCCAUAUAGGCCUCUUUUCUCAUUGAAGGCAUUGAACGCACAAAAAACCGCAUUUCUUACCCAUAAUUUACGAAAUCAGUCAAUAUUGAAACUUUAUCAUUUCAGAGAUCAGAACUAUUUUUCUGAAAUUUGAAACAGUGAGACCCCUUGUAACAGUAUUAGGCCCCUCCACAUCCAUGGUUUUAUUCUGCAGUCUAAACGAAGAAACAGUGGCGACAAAAAGUGAAAUAAUUUUCGGUUAUUCCCGACGAAUUUUUCCGUAAUUGACUUGGUAUUAAUGUGAUGGAAAACCCUACCAAAAUAUGAGGUCAGCCUACCAACCUAUCAAGAGAAUAAAAACCUACCAAUUUUGGUAGGAACCUACCAUCGGGUCAAUCCGGUACGUACAACGGGCUGCCAUGGGAUUGAUUGUUGUUGUUGUAGCAGUGUGUUGCACACUGAGGCGACAGCCCUCAACUUCAUCGGGAAAAACUUCACCAGGUCUAUCCGGUACGUAUAACCAGCUGCCAUGGGAUUGGAACGGUCAACAUCGCA